CUACUUAAUCUGACUCAGACCUGAGUUGAACUCUGGCUUCAGAAUUUAUUCUUGGGUAGCCUAAACGUUUAUUGUGGUGCACCGAUAGAGACACUGCUACUUCGCAACUUCUCCCGACUUCGUAAGCCAUGCCUUCAGUUCCCUCCCCCAAAGAGAGCCAGGCCGCGGUGUGUCCGUUCGCGGUGCGGAGGACUGUCCCUAUGAGGGAGGUGAAGAGCCAGGAAGGGCCUUUCCAGAGAGACGUGGAGCAGAGUGAGAAAGCGAACGGGGACGACAUGGACGGGCCCAUCCAGCUGGAGGGGAAGAAGGCGGCGGAGAGGAAGUGGAUCCGCCCGGACCUGGCCAGCCGCUGUACCUGGAAGCUCGGCAUGCCGCACACAGACUCCCCACACACCAAGGGGCUCAGAACCGCACCUCCCAGAAUCCUGCCGAACAUCCUUACGAGGAUCGGAGACACGCCGCUGGUCCGCAUGAACAAGCUGCCAAAGACCUUUGGACUCAAGUGCGAACUCUUGGCAAAGUGUGAGUUCUUCAAUGCUGGAGGGAGUGUGAAGGAUCGCAUCAGCCUGCGCAUGGUGGAGGAUGCGGAGAAGUCUGGGCUGCUGAAGCCUGGAGACACCAUCAUAGAGCCCACCUCCGGAAACACAGGUAUCGGUCUGGCAUUGACAGCAGCAGUGAAAGGCUACCGAUGCAUCAUAGUGAUGCCUGAGAAGAUGAGUAUGGAGAAGGUUGAUGUACUGAGGGCCUUGGGUGCGGAGAUCGUCCGUACACCGACCAGCGCCCGUUUCGAUUCGCCCGAGUCUCACGUGGGCGUGGCCUGGCGCCUGAAGAACGAGAUCCCCAACUCCCACAUCCUGGACCAGUAUCGUAACGCUAGCAACCCACUGGCCCACUACGACACCACUGCCGAGGAGAUACUGGAGCAGUGCGAUGGUAAAAUUGAUAUGGUGGUGUUGUCGGCUGGCACAGGGGGCACCAUCACUGGCAUUGCCCGCAAGCUGAAGGAGAAAUGCCCCAACAUAAAGGUCAUUGGUGUGGAUCCAGAGGGCUCCAUCCUGGCUGAACCAGAUGAGUUGAACAGGACGGACAAGACCCAGUAUGAGGUGGAGGGCAUCGGCUACGACUUCAUCCCCACCGUGCUGGACCGAUCUGUGGUGGAUGACUGGUAUAAGUCAAAUGACAACGAUUCGUUCGCCAUGGCACGUAUGCUAGUCCGAGAUGAAGGCCUGCUGUGUGGUGGCAGUUCAGGCGCAGCGAUGGCGGCGGCAGUGAGGGUUGCGAGGGAGCUGAAGGAGGGCCAGCGUUGUGUGGUGCUCCUGCCGGACUCCAUACGCAACUACAUGUCCAAGUUCCUGAGUGAUAAGUGGAUGGUGGAGAAAGGUUUCCUGAGGGAGGAGGACAUCAUGGUAAACAAACCCUGGUGGUGGAACCUGAAGGUGCAGAACUUGAAUAUGUCGGCUCCCUUGACCGUGUUGCCCACUGUUACCUGCCAGAAGACCAUCAAGAUCCUCAAGGAGAAGAGAUUUGACCAGGCGCCUGUAGUGGAGGAGACCGGGCUGAUUAUCGGCAUGGUGACUCUGGGUAACAUGCUGGCCUCAGUGCUGGCUGGCAAGGUGAAGCCAUCAGACCCAGUCAGCAAAGUGCUCUACAAGCAGUUCAAACAGGUCAAACUCACGGACAACCUUGGGAAGCUCUCCAGGAUUCUAGAGACUGACCACUUUGCCCUGGUGGUCCACGAGCAGAUUCAGUACCUGACGGACGGCACCCCAAGCCUGAAGCAGAUGGUGUUCGGGGUGGUGACGGCCAUCGACCUGCUCAACUUUGUGACGACCCGGGAGAGGAGGGACAGCAGGAGCUUGUCCGAGUGGACAGACGACCUGUGAACCAUUCAGCUGACUUCCUCUUGACUUCCUGUUGCUCACUGUCAUCACAGGAAGUGGACAUUGAUAAGGGCUGCUGCCUGGGGCCAUAUAGUAACCGGCUCCUCCUAUCUUCCGAAUAUAUCUGCUAUGCUAUUACAGCUAUUUCAAGCACUUGUAUCCCCCUGAUGGCCAAGAUUGAUUAGCCAAUUAAGGUUGCUGACCUACCAUAGGAGGAAAUAGGUGCAGCUGAUCUAGCAAGUGUGCUGAUGAUGACCCAUAGGUUGCUGAUUAGAAAAGACCAGUGUGCGGGAGUUAAUAGGUCUUUCUGUUACGGUACAUCAAAGGACAUAUUGAAACAUAAACAUAGUUAACGAGUACGAGUUAACAAGUCACUCUCUUGAAAUGACUGCUUCAUAGACUAAUGGUGCACAUUGGUCUGACAGAAAUCCUUUAAUAAUUAAAGAGGCCUAGUGAAGGAGAGAGGUGUUAUUUAUUGGUGUUGAAGAUUAUGCUGAUACUACACUCGGUGGAAUGGUGCAUCAUAACCGCUGAUGAGGAUGCCAAAAGCGAUUUGAAGUCUUAAUUUUUUCAAAAACAUUUUAGUGUGAGGAAACUUAUUCCGAACAAGUUCAAUUGAUUAGAAUGAAAUGACAUUUAUAUACACUUACAUGAACCUGUGUACCUUCACCUUGAUGUGUUUUUUAUCAAUUCAUUUAUUUGUCAGUAUCCUUGAAAUUACAUUUUUUGUGUUGAAUGACGUACUAUAUGCCUGAGCAAUAUAUGGAAACAAAUAUUUUGCUCUGCAUUACAAUAUGCUUAUUGAGCUUGAAUGAUAGUACUAUCAUUUUGGAUUAAUGAACCACAAUUCACUCGCUUGUGACACGAUAUAGCAACUGUACUAGGGAGGUUAUGACAGUAGUCAUCAGCUCUUCCUUUGCAAUUUGCAGUUUAUCUUAAACCAUUUCAUUGUUUUCACUUAUAUCUGUAUCACAACAGUAUCAGAAAAUGACAAGAAAACAUAAGUGUAAAUAUAUAAGCGCACAUCCAGAAAAUAAAGACUUUUAAAGAAACUCUA